AUGCAAAAUGAUGUGAGAAUUAUCCAAUUGUACGGAAGAAAUAAAACGCCUGUUGAAGGCUUAUCUCCAAGAAGAAAAAGAAGCUAUAAGAUCACAGCAAAUGCCAAGCUUUGUAAAACAUCAAAACCUGUGACUCCUAUAACAUCAAGAUCACCGAUCUAUCCAACUUCAGAUGAAAAUCGAUAUUUAUCCCCGUCACUCUUCAGGUGUGGUGAAUUAUUAAUUCCUAUAAUUUCUUCCCCACAAGUUCAGAAGUCAAAUGCACAAAUUGUAAAAAAAUUGCAAUCAUUUAAAAAAAUUGGAUAUCAAACUUCUAAAAAUAUUAGAAAAGAUGCACGAAAUGAUAUUAGUAUUGCAUCGUUUAGAGUCAAGCAUUCAACAUCAAGAAUUAAGCAGCUUCUGGAUGCGAAAACGUUGAUAUCACAAAAUGAAAUAUUAAGCACUGCAUCAAAUUAUUAA